UUCUUCUUUCGCUUCACCGAAACCCUAAUCUUUCACGUUUGUUCCAUUCAGUCUCAGAUUCUUCCUCUUCCUCACUCCCUCUCGUUGAACUCUCACCACACUCCAAAAUGUCUGCAGCUCUUGAUAUGACACUCGACGACAUCAUCAAGAACAACAAAAAAUCUGGAUCCGGAAACUCCAGAGGCCGAUCCAGACCAGCACCGGGUCCUGGACCCGCUCGCCGGGCUCCUAACCGUAUCUCCAACCGUUCCACACCGUACUCCGCCUCUAAGGCGCCAGAGACGACGUGGCAACAUGAUUUGUAUGGAGAUCAGCAUGCGGCUGCGGGUUUUCCCGCUCAAGGUGGUCGUGCACCUUCCAUAGAAACUGGAACCAAGCUCUAUAUCUCUAAUUUGGAAUACGGCGUUUCCAAUGAUGAUAUUAAGGAAUUGUUUUCUGAAGUUGGUGACUUGAAACGACACGGCGUUCAUUACGACAGGAGUGGCAGAUCAAAGGGUACUGCAGAAGUAGUCUUCUCACGGCGACAGGAUGCUGUUGCUGCUGUAAAGAGAUACAACAAUGUUCAACUAGAUGGGAAACCAAUGAAGAUAGAGAUUGUCGGAACAAACAUUUCUACACCUGGCGCAGCUCCUGCUUUAAAUGCCGCUAUUGGAAAUUUUAAUGGAAUUCCCUCAAGCGGUCAAGGAAGAGUUGGAGAUUUUCGAGGGCAGGGAGGAAGAGGUCAAGGCAUUCGAAGAAAUCGAGGACGUGGAAGAGGUAGCGGUGGAGGUCGUGGUGGUGGUCGCGGUGCCGGACGCGGUAGAGGUCGCGAUGAAAAGGUAUCUGCAGAAGAUCUUGAUGCUGAGCUGGAGAAGUAUCAUGCAGAGGCCAUGCAAAUAAAUUAAAGGAGCUAUCUUGUUCUGUUUUCUUGCUUUUACAUCUAUGGUUAUUAGGGGGGCAUUGUGAUGGAUAGCCACAUGUUUAUGUAUUUGGAGCACUAUGUUUUAGAGAAGGGAAAAAAUUACUCGAGUGAAAACUGUUGCUUCAUAUAAUGGAGUUUGGGCUUCUGUUGUCUAAAAUAUUCGUAUUACUCAGGAAUGUAUGAACUAUGAGUUAACAGAA